UUUGAAGUCGUACAGAGUGGGAUUAUUGCUGCACUGUCUUUAGCCUGUACGACGCGUUUAUUCGUUGUCGACGUCCCUUCGCUCCCCCAAGAUUCGUUCAAAUACAGUCAUGAAAUUCCCCGCGGGCGCGUUUUUGGCCCUCCUAUGUGCCGGUGCAGUUCAAGCUGCGUGCACCACCAAUCUUCUGAUUGACAAUUAUGCCAACUUCGCCAACAAUCUCAAUUCGUUGGGUCAAUGGACCAGUGAUGACGGCACAACCACGAACCUCAAAGCAGAUGUUGCAAACAAGAAGAUCACAUUUACGACUACUGCCAGCAGCUACUUCUACACCACAUUCGCUUGUGAAAAAGCUACAACAGACCAAUAUAAUGCCAUCACUUUCUCAAUUAAAGGUCCCGCUGGAGCGAAGUUUACAAUUGAACUACAGACCUCAGCCUCCUGCUCCACGACUGCAUAUACAAGCUACUUUACAUCCUUAACUGGGAUAACCGGAUCGACACAAACAUACACAGUCCUGCUAAGCGCUUUUACGGGAGCAAAUUUGAACGCGAUUGACAGCAUUCUCUUUGAAUCGUUCAGCAUUAACGGCGCAUGGGAAAUCGGACAGACACAAUUGGUAUGCGCCAAUGUCCACUCGAGCAGCAGCGUAGGAAGCACGGUAUCGUCGGCCAGCAGCACGGUAAAACCCUCUACGAGUAGCAGUAGUGUGAAGUCUCCAACUUCUUCCACGGUCUCGACCCUAAAAUCGACAGCCGCCAGUUCCAGCACCGUCUCCAAGUCAGUGACGACUAGCCCGACGUCUUCUGCUACCAACGGACAAUGUACCAGUCUUCUGAUUGACGACUUUUCAUCUCAAUCUCGAUUAACUUUCCUUUUCUACAACGCAAUGCUGCAGCCAUCAUCCGAUGAUGGUACCAUGGCACCAGUGGCCGACAGAGCAGAUACGAGUACUAGUGUGAUAGUUGCAAACAACCAUGUCACAUUGACCUCCGCAUCCGGUGGAGGUUCUUAUUGGUACUCGAUGUUUGGCUGUGUCAAAGCGACAGGUGUCUAUGGGGGAAUUGGCUUGACGAUCAAGGCUCCAAAAGGAACGACGAUGGGUAUCGAGCUUCAGACUUCCACGGCCUGUAACUCCAAUAAUCCUGUCCUGAAUGAUCUCUUGUCCACGGACCUCGGAUGGACCUUUGAUGGAACCGAAAAAUUCUACACUAUCCCAUUUUCGAAGUUCCCAGGACUCGACACUGAUCACCUGAUUGUCGUACUCUUCUCGUCGAUCAGUAACGUUGUCACUUUCGGCCCAAUAGCAUUCUAUUGCGGCUCCACAGGAACAGCAUAUCCGGUACCAACCACAGUCGCAGUGGUUGAGCCCACAUCCACGAUUCCAGCUACUACCGGCCCCUCCGCAUUCGUCAUUGACGCUUUUGCCAAUGUAAACACCAACAGUCUUGGCUUCUAUCAUGGUGGCGAUGAUACGACCACUUACACAAUCUCCGGCGCCAAGUUGACGAUAAACAUGAAGGGGAACUCCGACCUUUCGUGGUACUCGCAAGUAUCCAACGGCUGCACUGAUUUCACGCCAAAUGACAACAGUUACCUGCACAUUGCAUACACUGGUAGCAAUGCAUUCACUAUCGCCCUCCAACAACAUAAUCCAACCUGUAAUCCGAACAUCAAUCCGUUUCCAUUCACAUGGGAUUCAGUUGAAGCUUCCCGAUACUCCAACACCGCGAAGACGGAUGUUUACGUACCCAUCUCACACUUCAACAUCAAUCGUGCCCUAGCCGUCGGAUUCGCCCUCAAAGGCUUUUACACCACGACCUCGACCGUCUUCUCCAAAAUCGAAAUCGUCAAGACCGUGCCCACAGGAUUCCUCGUCCCCAGCAAACUCACAACCGCCCCCCUACUCUUCGCCUGCACACGCCCCAACUCCUUCGCCUUCGCCAUCGACGACGGCGACCCACAGUACGCCCAACGGGUCGUCUCCGCCAUCGCCGCGGCCGGCAUCCAUUUAACGUUCUUCACAGUCGGCGCCGCCCUCCUCGACGCCAGCACGAACCUCACCGCCGUCUACAAAGGCAUGCUCGCAGCCGGGCACCAGGUCGCCUACCACUCCUUCACCCAUCCCCCCAUGGAAGGCCUCCCCUCCCUUGCGGCCAUCGACUGGGAACUCAGCAACGACAUCUCCGCCGUUUCGUCUACGCUCGGCAUAACAUCGACCUACUUCCGGCCUCCCUUCGGCACCGAAGGAGCACGCAUCCGCCAACGACUCGCAGCGCUCAUCCCCGGCUCAAAGUUCAUCGAAUGGAGUGUCGACGUGCAGGAUUGGCUGUGGGCCUUGAGCUCCACGCCGGAAAACCAGAUCACGAAUUUCCAGAACGAUGUCAAUAAGGGGGGGAAUCUUGUGGUGAUGCAUUAUUUGUAUAAUACGACGGUUAGUUAUAUACCGCAAUUUAUUGCGAUUGCGAAGAAGACCGGGAAGCAGUUGAUGAGGGUGGAUCAGUGUAUGGAGGAUCCGAGCGCGCCGCCUUUGGGGUAGGCCAGUUGAUUCUCAGGGGCUCGUGAAAGGAAAAGGGGUCCCAGCGAUAUGAAUUAUUGUAAUAUUGUUUAGUAUGGAGAAUGAAUGAUAAUAAAUCAAAAUUCACAUCACG